GAGAAAGCGGCGCUACCGGGAGCCCCAGGAGUCCCCGGGGCCCGGCAUCGCCCCAGCCCCGGAGCCCUCGCCCCAGAGCCCCAGCAUGUACCCUGGCCUCCCGGGUCCUGCAACAGCCAUCUACUAUCCUGUGAUGAACCAAGACUGUCUCUACGACUGCUUCAGACUCUGACAUUCUGAAAGCCCCCCAGCCUCACAGAUGAGCGUGAAUCACAGACAUGUGAAGUUGAAAGAGACCUUGGUCCCAACUUACAGGCCAGGAAACUGAAUCGGGACAGGUUAAAUGACUUGCCCAAGGUCACACAGGUGGCUUAGCAAAAGAACCAGGACUGGAAGCCACAAUGUUAGGCAGCAGAGCCAGUUCUUUGCCUUUUCCCACUGUGCCUCUGGUAGGUCUGGCUCCCAACCCACUGAAAAGUCUGGAUUUCAUUUGUACUUUUCCUUCACACUAAAAUCUUGGUCUUCCCUCCCCUUCCUUAUUUCCCUGUCAUUAGCUAUAAGUGUGAAGCACUUAGCACCAUGCGCGGCACCCAGUAAGGCUGUAUAAAGUGAAGUUAGGUAGUAGUACUAGUAUAGUAGCACUUAGUACUAGUGAGGGGGAGGGGGGUCUUGGGUCUCACACCCUCUCCCCCACAGGCCCCUUCCUAUAUCCUGCACCAGCCAUGGGGGCCCCGUUUCCAGUCCUGGGCCUGCCACCACCCACAUACCCAGUGCUCUGCCCCCUGGAGAACCCACUCACUGCUGACAUUGCCAAGGCCACAAGACCUGAUGAGGAUGGAGACACGCCUCUACACAUCGCAGUAGCCCAGGGCAACCUUCUAGCAGUUCAGCGCCUGGUCCACCUCUUCCAACAAGGGGGUCGGGACCUGGACGUCUACAAUAACUUAAGGCAGACACCCCUCCACCUAGCGGUCAUCACUACCCUGCCUUCCGUGGUGAAGCUCCUGGUGUCCAUGGGGGCCAACCCCAUGGCCCUGGACCGAAAUGGCCAGACAGCAGCUCACCUGGCCUGUGAACACCGGAGCCCCAGCUGCCUGCGGGCCCUGCUGGACACCUCGGCCCCUGGGGCACUGGGCCUGGAAGCCAGGAACUAUGAGGGGCUGACCCCCCUGCAUGUGGCCGUGAACACAGAAGUCACAGAAACGGUGCUGCUGCUGCUGGACCGCGGGGCCGACAUUGAUGCAGUGGACAUCAAGAGCGGCCGCUCCCCGCUCAUCCACGCAGUAGAGAACAACAGUCUAGCCAUGGUGCAGCUGCUACUGCAGCAUGGUGCCAAUGUGAACGCACAGAUGUACUCAGGCAGCUCUGCCCUCCACUCAGCCUCAGGCAGAGGCCUCCUGCCUUUGGUUCGAACCUUGGUCCGGAGCGGGGCUGACAGUAGCCUCAAGAACUGUCACAAUGACACACCUCUCAUGGUGGCCCGAAAUCGACGAGUCAUUGACAUCCUGAGAGGGAAAGCUGCCCGGCCCGGCCCUCAGCCCACUCUGGGACCCCCAGAGCCCAGCCAAGAUGGAAGUGCCCCCAUUUCCCCUGAAGGCAACAGCCAAUUGGGAUCUAGUGGCCCCGCGUCAGCAUCGCCAGCUUCUUCCUCGCCACCCCGCUCACCCCCUGAGGACCCCCCCACCUCACUCCAGGGCCCCCAGAUGUUCUUCCUGCCAACCCAGUCCCCAACAGCGUUUCUUCCCUACGUGGGGCCCCUCCGCGCCCCAGGCCGACCUGUGCCCCCAUCCCCUGCUCCUGGUGGAAGCUGAGGGAAAAGGGGGGAAAGCCUCUGACAUCAAGGGAAGGCCCCCCUCAAAACUGUGAAGGCACAUUCCCCCUCUUCCCAAGACUCACAGGACCAAGAUUUGCACACACACCCCUACCCCUAACUUCCCUUCCACCCCCCCUUCCAUGUCUCUGAUCCUCUGCCAGGGAAACUGGGCGUCUGGCUGGCACAUCCCCCUGCCUGCCUGCCCCCCUCCUCGUUGCCCCCAACCCCCUUUGUCUGAGAUACCUCCCCAGGGCUCUGGCUACCUCCCUGGGGUGGAGGACAAUGUAAAUUAUUGGGGAUUUCAGUUUACUUUUAUAAUAAACUAUUUUUGUACCAUA